AUUGACUGCACUCUUAUUAAUAUAUUGUCCGAUUUAGAUAUUUCAAAUUGGAGACUAUCCGAUUAAUAGGUAUUUUUCAGUCCAAAAUUAAAUACAGACAAUCAACCGAACAAUAAAAUAAGCAACGGCAUCUGGCAUGCUGCCAAUAUUGACAAAGACAACUUUAGAACCCUAUAUAAGCUCAUCCUGUUAGAGACAAGAAGUUAGUGCCACCACAAACUUCGUUGUUAAUGCUCGAAAAUAAAAAAUAUAUCUGUUAGCCAUGAAAUCUUUUAUUGCGCUAUGUUUAAUAUUUAGUUUAGCUAUAAAUUAUGUCAAUGCCGAUUGUCCAGAUACGGAGAAUGUUGUGUGGGCUCUUGGUGGCGGCUGCCAAGUGUUUCGUAAUGAAUGUUACUUAAUUAGGGCAAACAUGGUGCGCAAGCCAGGCUAUACAGUUACCACCAAAGAGGAGUGCCAAAAACAAUGCCCCCAAAUCAUUUAUAGCCCAACAACUGGCAAUUACAAUGGACAUGUCCGGGAAUUCGGCAAUAGCUGCUUAAAACGGGUCCACACAUGUCGCACUGGCGAGAGUAAGUGCUAAUAAUUUAAUUAAUUUGGACAAAAUCAUAGAGUAAUUGUUUAAUUGCUUUCAGCUUUUUGUAAACUCACGCGAAAAACUCACGCGAAAAAAGCAAUACUCAAAGUGCGUGUGUGUCCAUAUGCUGUGCAUACAAUCUACACACCUGUGUUCACAAUUGAACUGGAGGGAAAUAAAAUCCAAGUGAAAUCAUCUGUUGUUGAAUUAUCAAAAGAAAUAUGUUAAGAGAA